AUGUAUGAACAACAACAGCAACAACAACAACUGAUGGCACAACAACAACUUAUGUCACCAGAGGCACAACUGAUCAACAUCAACUUGGACGCUGCCAUGUCCCAAGAAGACUUUUGUGAGAUGGGUACCGAGUUGAGCCCAUUGAGCUAUGACAGCUCACCUCGCCAAAUAUACUACUCUGAUGCCUCAACGGACGAGUGUUCUUCUCAGUCCUCUGAGCCAGAGCAAAUGUCAGAGUCAGAGCCAGAGUCCGAGGCCGAGGCCGAGAUCGAGGUGAAGCAGGAAGCUAUUCACGUGCCCAGAAAGAAGACCACCAACAAGUCUAUUGUUGUGAAGAAGGAGAAUACUGCGUCGAGAAAGAAGAAGGCAGUGCCCACCGCAAAGUCUGAGAAGACCAAGGUGGCCGAGAACCGCAGUGAUAAGGAGAUGCGCAUCAGCUUGGUCAGAUACCCCAAGGUGAUCAUCCAAAAGGGCUGUGGCAGAUUCGUCUUCAAGAUCAAGGGCAAGGCCAACCCCAAGAACCUUAAGCUGAUGACUGUUGUCAACCAGCAGCUCCACUUUGAGUUGGACGCCGGCAUGUCCUCGGUCAAGGAAGACGGUGUCUCCACCCAAGACCCAACCUUCUCUCGCUUCCUCAACAACUCGGACGCCAAGAGCUUCACGACCACCACCUACGUCUACGACACUCGUACCAUGACCCAACUGUGCCACAUCGUAUCGCCAACGAUCAGGUUCUACUACAACACCAACGAUCUACCCGCGCCCAAGAUCGAGGACAUUAAGUCAGUCGCUGUCAAGGGUAACAAGACCGAGCUGCGCAUCGUCCUCGACCGUCUAAAGAUGGGCACGACCAAGAUGUUCACGUUGUUUGUCAACUACUUUGACGAGACAAAUAAGAUUAGAGUUGCCAAGGUGGUGGACCAGAAGAACAUCCAACAGGGCAAGGAUGACAGUGACUGUGCACUGUUUGAACUUGACAACAUGUACCUCAACGACAAGUAUCGUCUGUACGCCGCAUACACCUACAACCCUGCCAACGACAACAAGAAGAGGUCCAAUAAGGACGAGGCAACCAAGGGCAAGGGAAAGAAGGCCAAGGCCCCAGCCAAGGCCAAAAAGGUUCAGGAGGAGAAGGAUGACAAGAAAAAGAAUGCCAACUACAAGGAGAAGAACUGUAUCCGCUAUGAGGGCGAGCUGGACAGUUUGGUUGGCAAGUACUGGGUCGACUUGUGGACCAAGCCCGUCAAUGCCAAGGAGGACCUUGAGGUGAGAUGGCAAUCACUUAACCUCUCCAAGUCUGACGUCUCCUGUGUCGAGUCAUCGUCAGUACAACCACCAAUCCGUGUGGCAGCACCAACCGUUAAGCCAACACGUAGCGUUCCAGUCUCAAUCAAGUCUGGAUCAAACCACUACCAAACUGUAGAGUCUGCACCAAUGCAGUCCUACAUCCAUCAUGCCACUGCCAUGUGUUAA